AUGGGUUCAUAUAAAGCGGAUGAAAGUAGCGGGAUGGUGCUAUUGGCCGGCAAUUCACAUCCGGAAUUAGCUCGUCUCGUCUCUGAUCGCUUAAACGUGAAACUCGGUGAUGCAAUAGUGUACAAUAAAACGAAUCGCGAAACAACUGUAGAUAUCAAACAAAGUGUUCGCGGAAAGCACGUCUUCAUCAUUCAGUCAGGUUCCAAAGAUGUUAACAACAACAUAAUGGAGUUGAUGAUUCUCGUCUAUACAUGUAAAACGUCAAUGGCUAAAACCAUAACGGUCAUUAUGCCUUAUCUACCGUACAGUAAACAAUGUCGAAUGCUCCGACGAUCCGCAAUCCCAAUGAAAUUAAUCGCCGAUAUGAUGUGUAAAUCGGGCGCAAUGCGGAUGGUUUCGUUGGAUUUGUAUAAAAAAGAAAUUCAAGGUUUUUUCUCGAUACCGGUUGAUAAUCUGCGUGCAUCUCCAUUCCUGCUACAAUAUAUCAAAGAGAAUAUUCCCGAUUAUAAAAAUUCGGUGAUUGUAGCAAAAAGUCCAGGAGUGAUGAACAAAGCUACAUCAUACGCUGAUCGACUUCGUGUUGGUAUUGCGGUUAUACAUGGCGAACAGAAAGAUGUCGAAGAAAGUGGCUUAGAAGAUGGACGUCAAAGUCCACCGCCCAGUCAUCAUGAUAAUUUAACUGCGUUUGAACUAUUUCCGGGUAAGUGGUAUGAGCAGCUGAAUUCGUCGAAUGUGAUUUCCAUUUCAGCACAAGUGCCCAAAGAAAAACCACCAUUAACCGUUGUUGGAGACGUAGGGGGCCGUAUUGCAAUUAUAGUGGACGAUAUAAUCGAUGAUGCGCAAUCGUUUGUGUCUGCAGCAGAGAUUUUAAAAAAUCGAGGUGCCUACAAAAUCUAUGUGAUUGCAACACAUGGUCUACUAUCAGCCGAUGCACCUGGCCUUCUUGAAUCAUCACCGAUCACUGAGGUCAUAGUAACAAAUACAGUACCGCAUGAAAUCCAAAAAAUGCGUUGUCAUAAAAUCAAAACCGUGGAUAUAUCGUUGAUGUUGAGCGAAGCAAUUCGCCGCAUCUAUCAUAACGAAUCAAUGGGACAACUCUUUCGAGAUGUUACGAUCGAUGAUUAG